UUCUAGGGAGCAAACAUUUCCCAGUUAGAACGGGAUAUAGGAUCUGACCAAUUUCCUCCAAAUGAACAUUACUUUGGGCUUGUUAACUUUGGGAAUACCUGUUAUAGUAACUCUGUAUUGCAAGCUUUAUAUUUCUGUAAACCAUUCCGAGAAAAGGUUUUAGAAUACAAGGCAAGAAAUAAAAGAACCAAAGAAACUUUACUUUCUUGUUUAGCUGAUCUAUUUCACAGUAUUGCUACACAGAAGAAGAAAGUGGGUUCUAUUGCCCCAAAGAAAUUUAUUGCUCGUCUAAGAAAAGAAAAAGAAGAUUUUGACAACUACAUGCAGCAAGAUGCUCACGAAUUCCUAAAUUUUUUGAUUAAUCAUAUUAAUGAGAUUAUACUUUCAGAAAGGCCUCAAAAGUCAAAAAAUGGUGAUGGAGAUGCUGGAAAUUCAACUCCUGAGCCAACAUGGGUUCAUGAAAUCUUUCAAGGAAUUCUUACAAGUGAAACAAGAUGUUUAAAUUGUGAAACAAUGAGCAGCAAGGAUGAAGAUUUCUUUGAUCUUCAAGUAGAUAUUGAUCAGAAUACCUCUAUAACGCACUGCCUAAGAUGUUUUAGCAGUAUGGAAACUCUCUGUGGAGAUAAUAAAUUUAAAUGUGAUCAUUGCUCAAGCUAUCAGGAAGCCCAGAAAUGUAUGAGGGUUAAAAAACUACCUAUGAUUCUCGCUCUACAUUUAAAGAGAUUUAAGUAUAUGGAGCAAUAUAAUAGACACAUUAAAGUAUCACAUAGAGUUGUUUUUCCUUUGGAGCUGCGACUUUUUAACACGUCUGAUGAUGCAGUGAAUCCUGACAGAAUGUAUAACCUGGUUGCUGUGGUCAUACAUUGUGGAAGUGGUCCGAAUAGAGGCCAUUACAUAAGCAUUGUUAAAAGCCAUGACUUUUGGUUACUAUUUGAUGAUGAUAUGGUUGAUAAAAUAGAUCAAUCAGCAAUAGAUGAUUUCUAUGGACUGACUUCAGAUAUUCAGAAAUCAUCUGAAACUGGAUAUAUCCUUUUUUACCAAUCCAGAGAUACAACAGAGACAAAUAUAAAUGAAGCCAAAGUUAAUGGAAAGUGA